UUGGGACAUGUGCAGAAGAUCGAUUUGUCUUACAAUCAUCUGGUAGGAUCUCUACCUGCGGCAUUGGACGGCAUUUCGGCAGCGAUAAGCUUGGAGGUUUUGCACCUAACUAAUCUUGGUUUGCGUGGGCCUCUUCCGGAGGAGCUGUUGCGAUUGACAAAUUUGCGAUCACUCCUUGCGAAUUUCAACCACUUUACGGGUACUCUGCCUCAAGCAAUUGGAGACUUGACGGGAUUGCAGGAGUUGCUCCUCUACGAAAACGAUUUGACUGGCGCAAUUCCAUCUACUCUUGGUAAUCUUAUUCAUUUGCAGACGUUGAAUUUAGCUCAGAACGCGCUCGGCGGUGAAAUUCCAGUCGAGUUGGACAGUAUCGUUUCAUCAAACAUUCGAAGAUUGUCAUUGGCGUCGAAUCAGCUUGAAGGCGCUGUACCGGAAAGUCUUUUUCAGAUGAAGGUGCUGGAAGACCUCGAUCUUUCGCACAAUAAGUUUAGCGGUAUUCUAUCUUCGAGUAUUGGACUCCUAACAAACUUGAAACGUCUCAAGAUCUCCGGCAACUCGUUGACCGGAGCGUUGCCGACAGAGCUUGGAAGUCUGUCGGAUCUCAUCGAAAUUGCUGCAGCUGAAAAUUCAUUUUCGGGAGAGCUUCCCACCUCGCUUGGCAAUCUCUCGCUCCUGCAAAUCUUGUCAAUCCGUCAGACCGCGAGUGUCGGCGACCUUACAGGUACAUUGCCCUCGUUUUCCGGGCUUGAGCAUGAGCUUCGUCUGACGGACAAUGACCUGACCGGGCCCUUUCCGCCAGAGAUUCUGCAAUUAUCAAACUUACGGCAACUCUUUUUAAAUUUUAACGCGAUUGAAGGGCCUUUGCCGAUUGAGAUUUCGUUGAUGAAUAACCUUGAGGACCUCUUUCUACUCAAUAAUAGGUUUUCUGGUCAGCUCCCCGCCAGCAUUGGUUCUCUUUCUAGUCUGAAGAGAUUGGCUUUAUCAGAUAACAAUUUUGAGGGAAGAUGCCUCGCUUCCAGUCUCAAAUUGUUGCAUUUAGUCGGCAACGAAUUGGGUGGUGUAUGGCCGACUGAAAUUACCGCUCUCAAAAGUCUUCAAAUACUGUACCUAUCUGAGAAUGAUAUUGGAGGUGCUUUGCCUGCAGCGCUAGCAGAAUUGUCAGAUCUAGAAGUCUUUGCUUGUGUUGAAUGCGGCUUAAAAGGAACGCUCCCUACUUCAGUUGUGUCGCUCAAAAAAUUGGAGUACCUGAACCUUUCCAGAAAUUCCUUUUCGGGGCCUCUUCCGCUGGAGCUAGAAUCCUUGCUGUCACUGAAAGAGCUCGAGUUGGCCUCUCUCGGAUUGACGGGAUCUCUACCGGAAGAUUUUUUUAAGUUGGAAUCUUUGGAAAGACUAGUCCUUGAUCACAACAACUUGUCAGGCGAAGUCUCCAGGUCAAUAGGUGAUCUUUCCAGUCUGGAGGAGCUCUACCUCGGCAAUAACGGAUUUUCUGGACCGAUACCAGAUAUGUUUGGUUCGAUCUCCCGUUUGCGUGUUCUUUCCAUCGGCGGAAACAAGUGGACGGGCGAGAUUCCGACCGAAUUGUACUCGCUGACCGCGCUGGAAUUCCUCGACAUCGCUCAAUGUGGAUUUACGGGCACUUUGUCGCCUUCCAUAGAAAACUUAUCCAAUUUGAAAGCAUUUGUUGCUUCUCACAAUGAUUUGAGCGGACUCAUCCCAGACUCAAUUGCGAGCUUGACUGUUCUUCGCAACCUUCUACUGUCAGAGAACAACUUUUUUGGGCCCCUAGCUCCGCUUGAAAGCUUA